UGGUUACAGAGCUUCGCAGUAUAUCUUAUAUAAGAUUAACCCUUCUGAUACUUAUUGCGUCAUUUACAUCGCGCUUGGUACGUUUUAAUUAAAAUCAUAAAUUAAUAGAACAUUGUUUGUGAAAACAUUUUCAACAACAUACGCAACGAAGAAUUUUUCGCUUUGGUGAAUUCUCAUGUAUAUUAUUAUUCUCUCUUACUCCCUAUUAUCUCUUUAUAUGUAGACAGCUUUGAUUUAGCUAAAUUGCCGGAAACGUUUUAUUUAUUAUCACUUAUUCUCUUCUUCAUCUGUAAUAAUGUCUCUCGUAUCAUUUUUCUUCUACGUAUAUUUACUUUCUUGUACCGUUUAUCUUUGUGAAGAAUAAAAUAUUUCAAUUUCGAAAGGAGUUAAUUUUUGUGAAUGGGAUAGUAUGUAAAAAUUGAAUUUUCCGCCACUUUGCUAUCUCGAUUCUUGGAAGAGCCUGAAGUCGUUGUAAAAGAAAGCGGCAUUCAACACGUAUUAAUGGCAAUUGGUGGCAAUCGUGAAGAGGCACACAGGGCGCGGCAAUGUUCAGUCGAUUACUUGCGUGCAUCGUCGUCGUCGUCGUCGUCGUCGUCGUUUGUCGUCGACAAGAGAAGUCCGUGAGAGUGAGAAGGAUUUACAAUGCGGUGCGUUUGUCUUGUCGUUCAUAAUCGUAGCAAGUUUUGGCUGUAACAAGAGCGCCAAUCAUAUAAUAGAAUACGUAAAAACGUAAGAAAGUGCAUGGUCGUGUAUAAUUCUAUUGUGGUAUUGUUUGUCUUUACCGUUCAUAGUGCGGCGAGGUUAUCGCGUCGAUGCUGCGUAAGAAUAGACCGAUCAAAAUUGUGUGCGCCUUACGCACGGGGUGUGAGAUCAUAGUCGAAACAUUAUGACGGACGGUCGCCCUUGUUGCAAUACGAAGGAUCGUCCCUUCCUUUUCCCUUGUCUUCAAACAUUAUCGUCCCGUGUAUCGGAGAAUAAGAAAACAAGAGAUGAACGUACGUGAACCGAGCUAAAUUCGAAAAUAUUAUUCUUGGUUCAAAAGUGAAAAGGUUUUAAACAGUCGAUCACUUUUUCGACGGAAGUGUUCUCGCUACGAUUUCACCUCGAGUGUCGACCGAUCAGCGACCAUGAAGAAACAGUUUUUCAGGGUGAAACAGCUCGCCGAUCAAACUUUUUCUAGAGCUGGCAAAACAGAAGUGCUCACGGAUGAUUUGCAAGCUGCAGACAAACAUGUAGAACAGAUUAGAGCAGCUCUUACUGGCUUAAGUAAAAGACUUGGUAAUCAACCUAAUCAAGCAUUUACACAGGAACCUGCAUUUAAGGAGAAACGUUUGAAAAAAUGCCCCGAGUAUAUACUUGGACAAACGAUGUUGGAAAAUGCAACAGAGGAUGGUCUUAUGGGUUUUACUCUUUUAGAAUGUGGAAGGGCACAAAUGUCAUUAGCUAAUGAAACGGUUGAACAUGAAGCAAAGGUAGAACAAUAUGUUGCAGCUCCAUUACAGCAUAUUUUAGAUACUGACAUUCCAAAUAUAUUGAAGCAUAAGAGAAAUUUGGCACGAUUAAUUUUGGACAUGGACAGUGCAAGAACGCGCUAUCAACAAGCUAGCAAGCAUAAUGCUGGAACUGGUGCAACAAAAGCAGAUAGCUUAAGAGAAGAUUUAGAAGAGGCUGAGUCUAAAGUCGAACAAUGCAGGGAUCAACUAGCUGCAGAAAUGUUUCAAUUAAUGUCGAGAGAAACAGAACUAGCGCAGACUAUUAUACAAUAUGUCAAAUUGCAAAGAGCAUAUCAUGAAAGUGCUUUACACUCUCUUGAAGAUCUUAUUCCUGGAUUAGAAAGUUAUAUCAAUAAUAAUGAAAUGAAACCUGUUUAUGGUUAUCCUCUUGAAGAACAUCUUAGAGUAACGAAUAGGAAAAUAGCAUUACCUAUACAAUUAUGCGUAUCCGCAUUACUGCGUUUAGGAAUGGAAGAAGAGGGUUUAUUUAGAGUAGCCGGUGCUGCAUCUAAAUCUCGUAGAAUUAAGCUAAGUUUAGAUGCAUGCUGUUUGACUUUAUCAACAGCUUUAGAAUACAAGGAUCCUCAUGUUAUUGCUGGUGCAUUGAAGUCUUAUUUACGUGAACUUCCAGAACCUUUAUUAACAUUUAAAUUGUAUCCUGAAUGGAUGGCUGCUGCUAAAAUAACACAAAAUGAAGUUAGAUUACGUGCGCUUUGGGAAGUACUGCACAAGCUUCCGUCUGCAAACUUAGAAAAUUUGCGAUUCCUAAUUAAAUUCUUAGCAGUAUUGAGCAAAAACCAGGAUAUAAAUAAAAUGUCACCUCAAAACAUAGCAAUCGUAAUAGGUCCUAACUUGAUUUGGAGUCCACAAGAAGAUGUAAAUACAAUAGUAAUGAAUAUGAGUACUACAAGUAUCUCUAGUCUUAUUGUGGAUCAGUUGAUAACAUAUGCAGAUUGGUUCUUCCCAGGUGAAAUAGAUUUUGAUCGUGACUUAGAAAUUGGAAUAGUCAAUGGCUCGGAACCUCAAGUGAUUGGUAUGCGUCGUUGUGUUUCGAACAGUAGUCUGAGCGAUCAUGGUGAAAGUCCACCCCAAGGCAGUCCAAAGCCUGCGGCUCGUCGGAAAAAUAAGCCAGCACCAACGCCACCAAGUGGUACAACACCUGAUAAAAAUGAUAAAAAGUGUGAUGAUAAACCGCCUCCAGCUCCAGAUAAGCCACCCAGACCUUUAAUGUCAGCAACACUUAACCGGGCAACAUACAAGGCACAAAAGCAUGAAGUAAAUACAGAAUUACUGACUAGACAUGAAAAUAAUAUAGAAAAAAUUGACAAAAAUUCAGACAUAGAAAUAAAACAUAUAGGUUUUGAAGGAAUAAUAGCUCAGGUAGAUAUUCAACCUGCAGACAACUGCGAAAAUAUUUCUGAAAUGAAUACUUCACAAUCUGAAUUGGCUAAGAAUAAUAUUGAUACAGAAAAAUAUAAACUAGAUACAUUAAAUGCGGAGUUGCAAAAGUCUGAAAAAAGAAAUGUUCCUGUUUCUCUUGAUAAAACCAUAAGUAGUGUAGAAAACAUUCAAAACAAGUCACCUAUAGAUAUUGACAAUUCGGAUGUUUCUUCGCCAAGACCUAAGCCAUUACCAACAGAAAAACCUGCUCCAUCUACAUUAGAAAGGAGAAGGCCAGUUGCUGCUCCUAGAAAUAUUACAAACAUAACGCAUAAUGCAGAUGAUACAGUCGAAUUACGUAAGAAGUCUGAUAGCAACAGUAUAACAAAUUUAAAUACAGGAGACAGGGGUAGUAAACCAGCAAUUCCAGAACGGCCUGCUGGUUUGGUUCGUCCGUCAAGCCUCAUAAGACAGCAGCCGCGUCAAAGUAAUGAAAAUUUAGACACCGAGUCUGGACCCCUUACUUUGGAAAGGGCACACAUGUACUCUGUGGACAAGCAACAGAGAAGUCCUAGUGUGGGUAGUCGACCUUCGUCUAUGUCUUUGUAUGGUGAACGACCAGAGAAACCUGCAAGACCAGAUGUCCCAGAUCAGGCAAAGGCACAUGCAAGGACUAAAUCUGAAGGCAACAUUAUUGACGUUCAAACACAAACAGAGACUGUAGUUGUGCUUAAGUCACCACAACAACCUGUUCCAGCAUCUCCAAGAUUUCAUCAAAGGCCUCCUAGGCCACAACCGCCACCACCUCCGCCUCCUUCGACUCGGCCUAAAUCUGAACAGGAGAGUACCAAUCUCUAAAAAUUCUACACAAAAUGGUCUAUGUAAUUAUCGAUAAGCAAUUAAAUGCGUCAUCGAUACUUUGUACGUAAUGAAAGGCAUUUUCACAUAGCACUAUGCUGUAUGUGAUUAAAAAAAACUUUCUAUGAACUUUAAACAAAAUGUUUAUGUAACGCAUAACUCUUAAAAAAAAAAGAAAAAAAAAAAAAAAAAGAAAAGAAAAAAAAUGAAAAAAAAGAAAAAAGGAAAAAAAAAGAAAAAAAAAAUAUUAUACCUGAUUUGCAUAUCUAAGCUGAUAUUUUUUUAUGGCUUAUCAAAUUUUAUACAUUUUGUUAAGAAGUCAAAUAUAAACUGAAAAUUAGCAUAAACAUAAGGAAAAUAAUGAAAAAUUCGAUCUCCUUUCAAACGCGCGUAUCUAAGCGCACAAAAUGCAGUGUGCACUUUAGGUAAAAUAUUAAAGUUAUAGCUAUUUGAUAAUAUUAUUACUUUUAACACAAUUUUAUGAACGAUACGUCCAUAUGAAAAGGAAGUUUAACAAACGUUUGAAUACUUCGAUUGGAAUUGAGUGAUAUGUAUAACGAAAUGACCGUGUUUAAAGUAUACGUCGUAUGUAUAUUACAAGUGCAUACAGCUUAUACUUGAGUUAAGCAUAUAUACAAUAACAUCUUGUACCUUAACUUAUUUGCAUUUUUAGAUUAUGAUCAUGGAACGAUUAAAAAAAAAAAAAAAAGAAAGAAAAGAAAAGAAAAAAUAAAAAAGAAAAACAAUGGAUGGUUGUAUUGUAUAAUAUUCUAUUUUUUAAAUAAUGUAUGAGAAUGUUAGAUCUUCUCGGAGAAUAUUGUAAACGAGCAGUUAUUUUCUUGUUAUUUCACAAAAAAAUCUUUAAUAUCUGUGCACAAAAAAUAUGUAUUCUUUCAAAAAUAUUGAAAAUCAUUAUUAGCUUUAUUUUGAGAAACUUGUAUAAAACUUAAGUGCAAUUGGAUUAUAGUACAUAUGUUUAAAUAUAUAUGCUCCUUUAUUAAAAAAAAUUUUUAUGUUGUUAUAUCGCAUUAUAUCAUAUACAGUAAAUAAUUAUUCAGCAAAUGUGAUAAUGUACAUUUGACAAUGAAAUAAGUAUUAUUUGUUAUAAAUUGUAACAUGAUGUUUUUAUAUUAUUUAAAUUACUAGAAGGAUUAUCUUAAAAUCUUGUAAAAAGUUCAAUUCUUAUAAUAUUUCUUUCAUUUCCUAAAGUUAUUUCAUUCUAUAAUUAUUAAUUGAUAUUUCAAAUGAUUAUGAGAGUAUACGUAAUAUUUUUUUUGCAUCACGAACGAAAAUAUUGCUUUUACAAUUAAAUGAUAUUUAAUGCAUUAACGCGAACGGCAGGUGAUCUUGUAUUCUCUCAAAGACAUAUUUGAAUCCUUAUUACGUAAAAAGUGUAUUUCUAAGUUUCAAACACGAUAUGUAAUCAGUUUUUUUAUUAUAAGAUUGUUAUGGAAGUAACGCAAAUGACAAAUCAUGCAUUUACCUAAGGAGUGCUUAGGCUGUGAAUGUAAUGGAUUAUUAAAGGAUUUAUUUGUAUAUAAAUAAAAAGUUUCCUUAUCAAAAUAA